AGUCAUUACAUUUGAACAGCUAANCCCCCCCCCCCCCCCACACACUUCCCUUCCCCUUUUUCCCCCUUUUCCCCCUCCGCGUUGAACCAUUUACGCCUGCCUGGCCCUCGCAGGGAGCACCCACCCCACACUCCCUCACUCUCUCACUGUUCUUCGAUUCUUUCUUCUACCCUUUUUCGUCACUCUCCACAGCGAUCCAACCGGAUAAAAUCACAGCAUCUCUGUCUAUCAGAGGUUUCUUCUCUGUGAAGACUAUCCCUGCUCCCAGACAGACAUUCACCUGUUCGUUCUUAUAUUCUCGUUGAAAUCGCUUUCUGCCCAACUGAACCCAGAUUUAUCCUCCAUUGUCGGGUUUGUGUGGAGCUCUAAAGAUUCCAGUUUGCGCCAUUACACUUCUUCAAUUGCGUUUCUUUGUGGUGGCGGUAUGAAUUUGUAGUGCUUGGUCGGUGUAUGCACUGUUUAGGGCUUUUCGAUAAUGGAGCGGAAACAAGGGUUCUUCUCGAAUUUGAAGAGGGAGGUGGCUAGGGGUUUCUCCCCUGUCCGGUCGAGGUCGAAGAGCCCGGCUCGAAGCGGGUCGCCGCUCUCUAGGCUGCUGUGGAGGAGGAAGAGCUACGGUAGCGGCAGUGAUUUUGUUGGGAGUGGUGAUGUCUGCAGAUCGGGAAGUCUUAGGCCUUCCGGCGAGGCACUGACGCCGUUGAUGGAGGGUCCUGAUCUGGAGGGCGGAGAAAUGGGGGAAUCGAAAGGAGUCGGGUCGGGAUUGAGCCAGUGGGUGAAGGGACAGCUCAGUCGAACUCCCUCCAUGGCUGCCUUUGGUGGAUUUGGCCGUAGGCCUGAUCUCAGGCUCCUCCUUGGGGUAAUGGGUGCCCCUCUCGCCCCGGUGCACGUUAGCUCUUCUGACCCUCUCCCUCAUCUCAGCAUCAAAGACACUCCCAUUGAAACAUCAUCUGCUCAAUACAUCUUGCAGCAGUACACUGCAGCGACAGGGGGGCAAAAGCUGCAACAUUUGAUAAAGAAUGCAUAUGCCAUGGGAAAGGUUAAGAUGUUGGCUACCCAAGUAGAAACUCCAACAAAGGUGGUGAAGAAUAGGAGUGGCGCCGAGUCUGGUGGGUUUGUCCUGUGGCAAAUGAAUCCGGACAUGUGGUACGUGGAGCUUGCAGUCGGAGGAAGCAAGGUUCAUGCAGGCUGUAACGGGAAGCUCGUAUGGAGGCAUACGCCGUGGAUUGGGGCCCACACUGCAAAAGGUCCAGUUCGGCCACUGCGAAGAGCCCUUCAGGGUCUGGAUCCUAGGACAACUGCAAGUUUGUUUGCAAAUGCGCGAUGCGUAGGGGAGAAGAAAAUCAAGGGGGAGGACUGCUUCAUCCUGAAGCUCUGUGCCGAUCCUCAAACACUGAAGGCCCGAAGUGAAGGACCUGCAGAGAUCAUAAGGCAUGCCCUCUUUGGCUACUUCAGUCAGAAGACUGGGCUUCUCAUUCACAUGGAGGAUUCACAUCUUACCCGUUUCCAAACAAAUGGUGGGGAUGCAGUUUACUGGGAAACAACCAUCAACUCUUUCUUGGGUGAUUACCGUCCUGUUGAAGGAAUCAUGAUCGCCCACUCUGGGCAUUCUGUUGUGACAAUUUUCCGUUUCGGGGAGUUGGCCAUGAGUCACACCAAAACCAGGAUGGAAGAAGCUUGGACAAUCGAAGAGGUUGCUUUCAACGUUCCUGGCUUAUCAGUUGACUGUUUCAUUCCACCAGCUGAUUUAAGGUUAGGAACUCUAAGUGAAUCAUAUGAACUUGCACAGGACGAAAACGGGAAGUGCUCUUCGGCUGCUGCAGCCUACUGCACCAAGGUUGCAGCUCUGGAGACAACUCCCGGAGGAAAUGUUGAUAACCCUUUCUAAAAGUCAGAAACCUAAGCCUUGUUUGGGAACAACGUUUUCAAUUAGCGUUUUCGGAUAACUUUUUAACGAUGCAGGUUAGCCUUAUCAAAAACGCUGAAGCUGUUGCCAAACAGGCCCCCUAAACUACUUGGGUGAACUCUAGCCUUGUUUAUUAGGAAAGGUGGGUUCAAAUUGACUAACCCGGUAGGAGUUACGAUUGCUAGAGUAGUUUAUUGAGAAUUUCUAGUAUUCAGUCUUGAGCUUGGAUGAUUUUUCACACUCUGAAUUGAGAUUCCAACAAGGAGUUGGAGCUUAUAGUUCCUAGACUAGAAACAGGCAGAUAAACAGCAAUGGACAGUGAAGGUUCAUAAUUUAGUUUGGCUUCCAAAAACCGAAUAGGUGGCGAAGCAUUCCCUUCAUUCCAACCCAUUGGUUAUUCCCUUUUCAUAUGAUAAUUGUUUCUCUUCUUAGACAGUUUGCUCCGUGGCAGCCGGAGAAGUGUUGUUAUUUGUUACUUCUACUUUGCUAUCUGUAUGCUUUUGUGUUGUUUUUCUAAAUAGUAUUUGAAGAACGAAAAGAGAGUUUUUGUUUGGUGAUAGCUAAUGGGGGUGAAGUCAAGCAGAUGCUAGAGAAAAUGUUUCUAGCCUGUGUGCCAAACAUGGAAAAGUAGUCUUUGUUCAAUUGUCUGGUUUUUCCCCUU